AUUAUUUAUGAUGUCUCUAUAAUUUGCGGUUAUAUAAUAGGAUAAGUGAAUAAAUGCGUUUCAAGAAGUCACCAGAUUGACAUUGAACAGAUCCAAACGUACAAGUUCAUUUCCGGGUUCCUCAAUUUCAAACAAUUUUUGAGCGAAGAAGUAAACAUGGAACAACAAGAAAAUCUACUAAACAAAAUGGUUAAGGAAAUUGCAAAAGAGAACAAAUUCGUCAAUCCGAAAACAACAAUUUUUGAAACUGUGAAAAAUGGUUACCUGGGAAUCCCUCACAAAAUUUCGAUAGAAGAAACCAAUAAAAGCGGUGGCAAGGGAAAAUCGCUUCAUCUGUUUUUGAAGUCAGCUCCAACGGGUUCGAGGGAUGUCCUCCCUUUCCGGGACGCCUUCCUCAAUGAAAUAACAAUGUACGAAGAAGUGCUACCAACAUUUUUUAAAUUCCAAAAAGAAAAAGGGGUAAAAGAACCAUUUGAAAGUAUCACGAAAUGCUACAAGAGUUGUUCUGUAGAAAACCAGGAACUUCUCAUUUUUGAUGAUUUAACCAAGCACAACUUUCUCCUAUGGGAUAAAGUCGUACCAAUGACAAAGAAAAGCAUCGAAUUCGUCGUUAAACAAAGUGCUAAAUAUCACGCAGUAUCGUUCGCAAUUCGUGAACAAAGGUUUGAUGUGUUUAACAAAUUAACGAGCAAGCUUUCGCUAAGGGCAUUCCACGACUUUUGUAAAAGCUCAUCGAUACUGCAAACUCUUGUUGUAAAUGCCCAGUUCGCUUUAAAAUGCUUUGAUCCACGAGCAGACGAACAAAUUUACAAUAAAUUUAACCAUUUUCUGGAAAACGAUUUGAAAGAAACAGCUUUGGGCAAUUCGGGCGGCAACGAUGUCGUAAUUAUUCAUGGAGACAGUUGGUGUAAUAAUUUUAUGUUCAAAUUUAAGGACCCAAAUAAUCCUGAUGAUGUAGAAGAAAUGAAGUUCUUAGAUUGGCAGUUCUCAAGAUUGGCAUCUCCAGUAAUUGAUUUGAGUUACUUCUUCUACUGUAAUGGCCCGCAAGAGGCGUUCGACAAUUUAGAACAUUAUAUGAAAUUAUACCAUAAUACAUUAGGCACAUCUCUGAAAGACAUGGGAACGGACGUUGAAAAAGUUUUUCCAUACUCCACUUUCAAAAAUCAUUGGCGCAAAUACGCGAAAUUUGGUCUCGCAGUAGCUUGUACGUUAAUAAAUAUUUACUACAAUCCGAACCACAACGAAGCCUUAAAUAUUAGCGAAUUGAUGGAAAGCGGAAGCAAUUUUGCAGAAACGUUUGCAAACUCUGAAAUCCUAGACAAUCAAACGUACAAGAAAAGAAUGAGAGGAGUUGUCACACAUUUCGUGAAUAAUGGUUUUAUCUAAUCAUAAAUAUUUGUACCAUAUGGUAACAACAAUUGUAUUUAUAUAAAUAAAUUAAAACUUACUUGUUUGCUUACUUUUUUGUGU